UGCUAUUGAAGCUCAGAAACAAAAAUUAUAUAGUAGCUUCCUAGUUUUACUCUCUCCCCUUAGCUUUCUCUCUCUAAAAAUGGCACCUCAAGUAAAAAAGACCGACGUAAUCUCCGGCGCCGGAAAAAUCACGGCCGUCGACAGAGCUUACGUGACCUUCUUGGCUGGAAACGGUGACUACGUGAAAGGAGUGGUGGGUUUGGCCAAGGGUUUGAGGAAGGUCAAAAGCGCUUACCCGCUAGUGGUGGCGAUAUUGCCGGACGUGCCGGAGGACCACCGUGAGCUUCUCCGAUCACAGGGAUGCAUUGUGAAGGAGAUCGAGCCGAUAUACCCGCCGGCAAACCAGAUUCAGUUCGCCAUGGCUUACUACGUCAUCAACUACUCCAAACUCCGUAUCUGGAACUUCUUGGAGUACAGUAAGAUGGUGUACCUGGACGCAGAUAUUCAGGUUUAUGAAAACAUUGACCACCUUCUCGACGCGCCUGACGGUUACUUUUACGCUGUCAUGGAUUGCUUCUGUGAGAAAACGUGGAGCCACUCGCGCCAGUUUUCGGUUGGGUAUUGCCAGCAGUGCCCUAAUAAGGUGACGUGGCCAGCGGAGAUGGGUCCACCACCUCCGUUGUACUUCAACGCCGGCAUGUUUGUGUACGAGCCUAACAAGACUACUUAUGAAGCUCUUCUUGAAACUCUGCAAAUCACCCCACCUACACCAUUUGCUGAGCAGGAUUUCUUGAACAUGUUCUUCGAAAAAACCUACCAACCGAUUCCCCUGGUUUACAACCUCGUACUUGCAAUGCUGUGGCGCCACCCCGAGAACGUCGAACUGGACAAAGUUAAAGUUGUUCACUACUGUGCUGCUGGAUCAAAGCCAUGGAGAUACACCGGAGAAGAAGCCAACAUGGACAGAGAAGACAUCAAAAUGCUUGUCAAGAAAUGGUGGGAUGUUUACGAUGACGAGUCGCUCGAUUUCAAGCCCGACGAAGCUUUCUCUAAGCCGUCGAUAAUGGCUUCCAUGCCCGAGCCAGCUGUAUCUUACAUCCCUGCCCCUUCUGCUGCUUGAAAACAAUUAAUAAAUAAACAAUAAACAACCGAAGCAACCGCGUUUUAAUUUUCCGACAAAAAUGGCAGCAUCGAUCUCCUAGCUGAUGAUGUCUUACCUUAAAUUAUUAAGUUAAGUUUUUAUGUAAGUUUUACUUUGUCUGUUUUGUUGGUUUGUGUGUGUGAUGCCAAUCUUAUUAUGUAAACCCUAGCAGUUAAAGAAAUGUUAGUGUUUCUGCUGCAAUUAUUAAUUAUUAUGAAAAUUUAAAA